UUGAAAACACACUCUAUCGCUGCUCCUUAUGUCGAUAGUGAUCUUCAAAACAGAUGGUGGGACUUUGGAGCAGAUGCUAUUGUAAAUACAAAUAAACAUAUUCGACUGACGCAAGAUAGACCAAGUCAGAGUGGUUGGCUUUGGAGUAGAAUACCAUUGAGCGUAGUGAAUUUUGAGAUAGAAAUUGAGUUUAAAGUGGAUGGAAAAGCGCACAAUAUGUUCGGCGAUGGAUUCGCCAUAUGGUUCACUAAAGAAAGAGCGACUUUUGGGCCUGUUUUCGGUAGUGCCGACAAAUUCACCGGGUUGGGCAUUUUCUUCGAUACUUAUGCAAAUGCCAAACACUCGUUCAAGUUUCCAAGAGUUACGGCAAUGCUGGGUGAUGGACAGGCGGAAUACGAUAACGGGCAUGAUAAUGCCGCUGGCGAGGUCGCCGGUUGUUCUGAGAACUUCCGGAGACGAGACAUACCUACAAAGGCCAGAGUGUCAUAUAUCAAAGGUCGGAUCCUGCAGGUGAAAUUGCAACUUCAAAAAGAAGAUGAAUGGGUUGUAUGCUUCGAGACUGACCAAAUCACUUUACCUAGUCAACCUUAUCUUGGGUUCUCGGCCUUGACGGGGGAUGUGUCAGAUAAUCACGACAUAAUUUCAGUCACUGCAUCCACCCUUCAGCUUUCAAAAGAAUAUCGUGAUACCCAGGCACCGUUCGUCGGGAGUGCUGGGAGCGGGAAGGGACGCAGGGUUCAACCUCGAUCUGGGUCUGGUGCAGCGGGAUGGUUCCUA